AAAAAAAAUUAAAGUUCAUGGAGAAGAUGGGAAUAUUGUUGGAGAUCCAUUAAAAGGAAAUACCAAUAUUUUAAUAAUUAAUGUUAUUACGGCUGGAGCAAUAAUUAGAAAUGAGAAUGAAUGUUUGACACG